ACACUACAUUGUUAUUCAACAAUGGAGGUUCGCAGCCAUGCUCUUCUGCACAUAUAAAUACAAAUAUCCAAAUUAAAUCUAAAACCAAACUCACAUUCCCAUUUUCAUAGAUCUAAAUACCCAGAUUCCUUUUAUUGGAAUUAUCGCCUCUCUGCUCUUGAUUUUUUGGCCAUGGCAGAACAAUUACAGAAUUGGGUUCUUAUGGUGACUGCUCAAACACCCACAAAUAUAGCAGUGAUUAAGUAUUGGGGAAAGAGAGAUGAGGAUUUAAUUCUUGCUAUUAAUGAUAGUAUUAGUGUUACCCUUGAUCCUGCUCAUCUUUGUACCACUACAACUGUUGCUGUUAGUCCUGCUUUCAAUCAAGAUCGCAUGUGGCUCAAUGGAAAGGAAAUAUCCCUCUCCGGAGGCAGAUACCAAAACUGUCUUAGAGAAAUUCGAGCUCGUGCUAGUGACGUUGAGGAUGAGAAUAAGGGUAUCAAGAUCGCGAAAAAGGAUUGGCAGAACCUGCAUGUGCAUAUUGUUUCUUACAAUAAUUUUCCUACUGCUGCCGGUUUGGCUUCCUCGGCUGCUGGUUUUGCUUGCCUAGUUUUCUCCCUUGCAAAAUUGAUGAAUGUGCAAGAGGACAACGGGAAGCUUUCUGCCAUAGCACGGCAAGGUUCGGGAAGUGCUUGUCGAAGUUUGUAUGGAGGAUUCGUCAAGUGGAUCAUGGGAAAAGAGGAAAAUGGUAGCGAUAGCAUUGCUGUUCAGCUUGUAGACGAAAAGCACUGGGAUGAGCUUGUUAUCAUCAUUGCAGUGGUGAGCUCACGGCAGAAGGAAACAAGUAGUACCUCAGGAAUGCGUGAUACUGUUGAAACCAGUGCACUUAUAGAACACAGGGCAAAGGAAGUAGUACCAAAACGCAUUAUUCAUAUGGAAGAAGCUAUACAAAAUCGUGAUUUUCCAACUUUUGCUCAACUGACUUGUGCCGACAGCAACCAAUUUCAUGCAGUUUGCAUGGAUACUAGCCCUCCUAUAUUCUACAUGAAUGACACAUCUCAUAGGGUAAUUGGCUGUGUUGAGAAAUGGAACCGUUCAGAAGGAACUCCACAGGUUGCAUACACCUUCGAUGCUGGACCAAAUGCUGUUCUAAUUGCACGUAACAGAAAGGCUGCCACACUUAUGCUUCAGAGGCUUCUCUUCCACUUCCCUCCAAAUUCAGAUACUGAUCUAAACAGCUAUGUCAUAGGCGAUAAGUCAAUUCUGAAGGAUGCUGGGAUUCAGGACAUAAAGGAUGUGGAAGCAUUGCCGCCUCCACCUGAAAUUAAGGACAAAGUUCCAGCUCAGAAAUACAAGGGUGAAAUUAGCUACUUCAUCUGCACAAGACCAGGUAGAGGUCCAGUUUUGCUGACGGACGAUAGCCAUGCUCUCCUCAAUCCAGAAACUGGACUGCCCAAGUAAAAGAUCAAUUUUUUUUCUUUUUUUCGUACGAAUGUGCUUAGUUCUCGGGGCAACUCUAAGUCUUGAGAUCCAAGUGUUGCAGCCUCUUUAGCCUUUAAACGGUGGAGGCUGCUGCCAUUUUAAACUGGUUUUAGUUUGGAUGAAAUUUGAAUUCAAAGCUUUUGUUUGUAGCUUGGGCUCCUGUAUUGUUUUUCAGUUGAAUUAGCUGUGUACUCUUUCAUCUUUGAGCAAUGAAAUAAAAGUCUUCAAAGUUGCUUCUUU